AUGAAUUUUUUAAGGUUAAUAAUACGGUUUUUAUGUACUAAUAAACUAUCACACGUUCAGAGGACGCUACUACUGUGGCUGGUUGCAGCUGCCAGCGCUGAGUUUGUUCAUGGUCCUGGUGGUUCAGGAAACGUCCAAUUUCGAUCGCAAGGGCCCGAGGGCUACAACUUCGGUUACAGGCAUUCCCACGGCGCCGGGGGAGGUGCCUCCUGGCAGAAGGAAACCGCUGACUCAUCGGGGAACGUAGUUGGCUCCUACGGGCUAAGGAACGUGGACGGAAGGUUCAGGGUCGUCAACUACGUCGCCGGCGACGCCGGGUUCAGGGCCGACGUUCAGUCGAACGAGCCCGGUUUGCAGGGUCCUGUAAGCGUUCCUCCGCAAUGGACUCAACCUCAACCAGCUGGAGUAGGACAAGGACUUCCUGGCGUGGGACCCUGGGUUUCGCCUCAACCUGCAUUCGGCCCGCAGACGACAGGAGGAAAUCCAUACAGUUUCUCCUAUGACGGUACCAUUACCGGUGGUUCCUUCCACUCGGAAACCGGCGAUGCGUCCGGUGUCAAGAGGGGCUCCUACGGUCUACCGGGCCGCACCGUCAACUACGUUGCCGACGCCGGUGGCUUCAGGGCGACUGUGACAAGCAACGAAGCUGGAGUGGACACUGCGCAGAGUCCGGCUGACGUGACCGUGUCUUCUGGAUCGGGGGCACCCGGUCCUCCUCCGGGCGAUACCCCUCCGAUCUACCCGGGUCGCUACUUAAGCGAAGCUUCUGACUCUCGAGGGGCCGGUGGAUUACCCGUUGGUCGUGGUGCAACGGGUCACGGGUCUCAAGACGCCUGGAAACCAUACGACUUUGCAUACGGUGAAAGCCUGGGACCUUCCCAGAGGGAAUCCGGCGAUGCCGCCGGUAACAAGAAAGGCGUGUACGGCCUGAAGGACCCCGAUGGCAGGUUUCGCACAGUCAACUACGUCGCCGACGCUGGCGGCUUUCGAGCCAGCGUCCAGACGAACGAACCCGGCGUGGAUGACGCCCAGAGUCCCGCCGACGUGGCCGUCAACAAACAAUCUCCGCCGGCCGGCGGCGUGGCGCCGUAUCCUUCUUCGGGUGCUGUACAUGCAGGAUUCCCCGGGAGUGCGGCUGUGAUAGUACCUGCGAACCCUGCUUCAAACUUUCCCGGCGGAGCCGCAUUGGUCCCGUUGGGAUCUCCGCAAGCUGGCUUUCCCGGCGGUGUGCCGCUGGUGCCAUCUGGAUCGCCUCACGCGGGAAUCCCUGGGGUGUCUUCGGUCCCGUGGAGUGGAGCAGGUGGCGCUGCGGUGCCCGGUGGGCCGGCCGGGACCGGGUUUGGUACGCAGGAUGCUACUGGAGCCUAUAACUUCGCUUACGGCGAUGAUCAAGGGAUAGGACCGUGGCAGAAAGAAUCGGGAGAUGCUUCCGGUAACAAGGCAGGCACCUACGGCUUGAAAGACAGCGACGGUCGUUUUCGUACCGUGAAUUAUGCGGCUGGCCCGGGUGGUUUCACAGCGGGCGUCCACACCAACGAGCCUGGCGUUGACGGUGCUCAGAGCCCAGCAGACGUGAGCGUGAGCAAGAGUCCUGAGCCAGCAGGUCUUGCGCAAGGGGUCUUACCGGGACAACCUGGGCUUCUUGGAGCUCCUGUGCUUGUACCCACGUCCCCUGAGUACCCCGGGGCAGGAGUCCCGGUUUCGACUGGAUAUGGAACGUUCGAUGCUCCUUCUGGGUCGUACAAUUUCGGCUACGCUGGAACCGCCGGCGGAGGUUUCCACACGGAAUCAGGCGACUCCAACGGUUUCAAGAAGGGAACGUACGGCCUCAAUGGUUCAGAUGGGCAAAUUCGAACUGUUCACUACGUCGCAGACGCUGGAGGAUUUAGAGCAAAUGUGCAAUCCAACGAACCGGGUGUGGAUUCUUCCAAGAACCCUGCUGACGUCAACUUUGGUCACCCCGGUGGUGCGAUUUCUGGUGUGUCGUUAGGACCCCCUUCCACCGGGCCUGCCCUUGCACCGUGGGCUCCUGCUCGGUCAGUUCCGUGGAACCAGGUUCCUAAUUCAGUUCUAGGUUCUCCUGCGGUUCCUGCUGUCACUCCACCGCAAGGGCCAUGGACGGCACACUCUUCCGGACCCUGGUCUCCACCCUCGAAUCCAAGACCCGGAAGUUUCUUUUACAAGACACAAGUUCUAGGACCUCAGCAGAGCUUUGUCAAAGUGCAUCAAUAUUAAAAAAAACGCAUGGCUCUUUUUGUAAUAUCCGUGGCCAAAGCGAAUCUUUAUGCUACACAUUCUUGCUUCAAUUGAAGCGGCGGCAAAGUGAAAUGCUCUACGGAAUAAACGAAUUGGCGCAGGUGGUUAUUCGGGCUGCUUGGAGGAGGGUGUUUAAUUAUUUUGUGGUAUUUCAAUUACAUCGGUUUCGAGAAAGUGCGCAUGAUUUGAUGUGUGUCUUUUUUCACGAAAGAUUAUUGUUAUGUGUGUGUUCUUGUGACGAGUGUUCAGAAGUAUUGUCUUAUUUAUGUGCCUAACUAUGCGAAAGAAAAGCCAAUCAACUUUUAUUUUUGUGUUGUAAGGAGUGAAGUCUAUUAUGAUGAAGGUAACACGUACCAUACCCUCUUUUUUAUUUUCAUCUUGGUGGACACUGUUACCAAAACGCUCAUUUUGUACUUAAAGAGUGAAAGCGUGUAACUUUGAAAUUACGUCUAUUUUUGUGACGUAUCAUAUGUAGAAGUGUCUUGCCCCUAAAAAUAAUUCGAUGUAUUUUCUUAUACGCUUGUUGCAGAAAACAAACCCCCCAAUAUUUGGGGAAGUAUAAGACGUGUUUCUCAUCUUGUGUUGUAAAACAUGCUCGUGAAAAAAUAAAUAGGAAAUUAUUUCA